GGUACUUGACCGGGCCUACAACUGAGCUAGUCGAGUUCGGCUAGCGUACGGGUAAGCGAGCGUGAAUCUUGGCAGAGUCACUGGAGCCCGAAUUCUCCUUCCUGACAACGACGCACGCCCAUCGUCUACUACCCCCGCCGAACGUUAACCCCGACCCUUUCGACGACUUCACGAUGGCGGACACCCAGAAAGAUGCGCUGUUCAAGACGGUGCAGAUCGACGCCCUGGUCGCGAUCAAAAUCGCUACCGCAAGCGGCAAGUCCUUCCCCUCGCUCGCGACCGGAAGCAUCGUCGGUAUGGAGAAGAACGGCGUCCUAGAAAUCACAAACUCCUUCCCCUUCCCCGAGGUCUCUGCCGCGCAGACCGAUGGCCAGAACGAGACUGUCGCAAACCUCGCUGCUGGUGCUCCCCGCGCCAAGCAGAACAUCGCAUACGGAAACGAGAUGAUCAAGUUCCUCCGGGAGGUCAACGUAGACGCGAACAACGUGGGCUGGUACACAAGCACAAGCAUGGGCAACUUCGUCAACCUGAACACGAUCGAGAACCAGUACUUCUACCAGAGCCAGCCGAAUGAGAGGACCGUCGCUUUGAUCUACGACGUGAGCAGGAGUUCUCAGGGUACCCUGAACCUGCGCGCAUACAGGCUCUCUCCUUCUUUCGUGACGGCGUACAAGGAGGGCAAGUUCACGACUGAGAGCCUCCAGAAGAGUGGUCUCCGAUACCACGACAUCCUAGUCGAGCUCCCAGUUACCAUCCGCAACUCCCACCUCCUCACCUCGCUCCUACACCAGCUACCUUCCGACGCACCCAAGCAGGAGCUCAAGUUCCCACCUAACCUAGCGGCUCUGCAGCAGGACCCAAACACCCCCCAGGCACCUCUCUUCCCGAACUACGAUUCGCUCGACCUCUCCAUCGACCCCUUCCUCGAGAAGACGUGCGACUUGCUCCUUGAGAGCAUCGAGAACCACCACACAGAGAUCAACAACUACCAGUACUACCAGCGUUCGCUCGCUCGUGAGCAGACCAAGAUUACUGCAUGGCAGCAAAAGCGCAAGGCUGAGAACGCGGCGCGCACAGCUUCAAAGCAGCCUCUCCUUCCCGAAGACGAGUGGCAGAGGCUGUUCAAGCUGCCCCAGGAGCCCAGCCGACUGGAGACGCUCCUCAACUCGAGACAGGUGGAGCAGUACUCAAGGCAGGUGGAUGGUUUCACAGCAGGCGUCACUUCCAAGAUGUUUGCUGUCAAGAGCAAUCUUCUCCCCGGAGAGUAGAUUCUGGUAGAUCUGGUUGUGUUUCAUGAUUAUGCUUCUCUUCGUCACGGCAUGGGCAUGGCGUUGCGGGUUAGCGGUCCCUUUGACGGGACUGGAUUUGAUCUUUUAGAUGGAAGGACCACGAUGAUUAUGUGAUGGGGCAUUUCCAGCAUUUGCCCAUGUGUUGCGAUGACAAAAGUUGGAAAUGCCGCAAAAGCGUUGAUGUUCAAACAAACGCUGCUCAGCUAGGCGGCUGAAAGUCAUCCUAAGCGUGUGCGGAGCGACCAUCGCCACAUAGAGUGCUGAAUCAGACAAAGAAGUAAUCAACACGCGUU